AUGGCUGCCGAAUCGGGGAGACUACUGGCGGGACAAGGAAAACGAAGCAAAGGUAGGACUUGAUUUCACCCAUCUCCCCCCCUCCAAAUCAGAUCGGAAUCAUCCAUUACUGCGCUGCAAUGGGCUGCACUGGUGCUGUUAGCAAAUCCCUCCUCGCCUCCCCCAUAUGUAAACUUCACGACUGUCUCCGGUGGUGGCUGUUUUUUCCUCACAGAGUGGAUCUGUGAGCGGGGUUCAUGUCUAUCUUGCUAUCAAUGUACCUUCAGCUCCGUUUCCUCGUUCUCAUGUCUUCGUCUUUUUCCUGUCUCCCUCAUUGACCUUACCUUCUCUGCCUCUGUUUGCGGCCUUUCUCCCUCUCGCCUGGGUCAUUUGGUCUGCCUGGGUCAUUUGCGAUUCAAGGCUUCAUAUCCUUGGUGAUGAUAACGCCUGGAUGUUCAGCAUCUUGUCCUCAUGCCAGUCUAUGUCCCAUCAUUGAUUCCAUUCCAACUGUUGGACUUGAAAAAGAGGCCCUAGGUCUAAAGCUGCUCCACUCUGUCACUAAGGGGUAUUGGCCAAUCCAAAUGUGAUGCUGCACCCGAUUGGUGGUGGACUAAUAGCAUUAACAACAAAGACCUGUUGUGGUGAUGGCUAAUAUUUAUAUUUUCCCCUAUCAACCCCCUCCCUCCUUAUUUGACUUUUUCAGCUUCACAGAUGAAGAGUCCGGAGAAGAAGAAGGCAAGGAAAUCCACCACCCAGGUCAUCAUGCAGAAAUCUUUAAAGGGAUAUUCCGGUGUAAAAUUAAUUUAGGGUCAAACGCACCGUGACACAGACUUAGACAUCCCCUCGAGAGAUUAAUGUUGCUGACCGCUUGCUUCUCUAGAUAUACCAACUUGAGUAACGACUGCUCGAUUGCAAUACACAGCGGUCUGAGGAGCCAUAAACAAACUUCAACCAAAAAGGCCAAUCUAUAGCCACAAAUAAUGCUCAGAACAGCACCUAACUUCAUCAACAGUACAUGUAGGGUCCCAGCCAUAGCACUAGCCACCAAACAUCUUUUUAACUUUGCCUGAUUUCUUUAGCAAAGAGACUUAACACAACUCGCCUACUCUCUUCCAGCAGCCACUUGUUUGUAGCGAGACCUCAGGCCAGUCCAUUACGGACUGCUAUGGAGUGACGCAGCUCAAUGAAGAACAUUUAUGAUCAGUACUGUAUCAUUUCCUUGAAAUAAUAAUCCCCAUAGUAAUCAUUUUGCACUGCAGAUACGGUAGUUCUUCUGCUGUAGCGUCUCGGUCUGAUUGCAUUUCCAUGAAGAAAUGGUAAUAAAUAUUGUUCCUUGAGCUGUGUCACCCUGUAGCAGUCAAUGAUGGACUGGUCUGAGGUCUCGUGACAAACAAGCAGCUGCUGGAGGAGAGUAGCUGAGUUGUGUUUGCUAAAGAAAUCAAGCAAGGUUAAAAAUAUGUUUGGUGGCUAGGACCCUAUAUGUAUUGUUGAUGAAGUUAGGUGCUGUUCUGAUCAUUAUUUGUGGCUAUAGAGUGGCGUUUUGGUUGAGAUUUGUUAAUGGCUCCUCAGACAGCUGUGUAUUGCUAUCGUGCGGUCAUUACUUAAGUUGAUAUAACUAGAGAAGCAAGUGGUCGGCAACACUAAUCUCUCGACGGGGUGUCUAACUCGGUGUUAUGAUGUGUUUGACCCUAAAUUAAUUUUAUGUCGGAAUAUUCUUUUAGUUCUUCGCUGUAAAACAAAUGUCAACUGACUGUGCAGAAAUUAAUGAGGUACCAGUCCAAAGUUUUAUUUUUAAAAGAUUUUUAUUCUUGCUUCUUUUAGGCGGCCGGGUUCUCCCACCUCACUGAGUUUGCACCCCCACCAACCCCCAUGGUGGACCACCUGGUGGCUUCCAACCCUUUUGAUGAUGACUUUGGACCCCCAUCUCGACCCACUGGCGCAGGCGGACCAGGCAGUGCUCCCUUUCUCCCCAGUCCAGGCGCAGGCGCAGGAGGUGGUUAUGGAGGUGGAGGCAGAAUGGGCGCAGGUAUGGGCUUCAUGGGUGGCCCCGGAGGGCCAGGUGGAGGCCAGCCCGGACGGCGGCCUCCUUUUGGACCCCCUUCUAAUGCUGGACCUCACCACCAGUUAGGCUUUGGAGGCAUGCCUGGCUUUGGUGGUGGUGGUGGGGGUGGCACUGGGGGAGGAGGAGGGGGCGGUGGGUUCCCUCCAGGUGGGCCUUCUCAGUUCAAUAUGCCACCAAACUUUAGUCCACCUAUGCACCCUGGGCCAGGAUUCAACCCCAUGUUGUCCCCAGGAGCUAUGGGAGGUCCUGGAGGAGGGGGACCUCCCCACCCUCGUUUUGGGAUUCCACCACAACAGCAGCAUGGACAGGGUGGACACCCAUUCAACAGCCCACCUUUACCUGGUGGUGGAGGUCCACGGGGGCCCCCACAUGGCCCCUUGCCUCCCAUGGCAGGAGGGAUGGGACCUGGAAUGAACAUGAUGGGGGGCAUGGGUGGUGCUCCAGGAGGCAACAUGGUAGGAGGGUUGCCAGGUAUGCCCCCUCAAGGACAGUUCCCUCCCUCGCAGGAUGGACCUUACCCUGGUCCUAGCCCACCAGGGCCAGGUAACGAGGAUGGGAAGAAUUUUGGUGGAGGAGGGGCCCCGCCUGGCCCUCAGCAGCAACAACAGCAACAGCUCAAUCUAAACCCCAAUGGCCCACCUCCUAAUACAACCACUCCUGGCCCUCCACCUAACUCUGGCCCUCCACAGCCAGGCGGGGGAUUCCCUGGCCACCCUGAUGUACAGCAGCCCAGUGCCAACACACCCGGUCAGCCUCCCUCAGCGACCCCCCAGCCUAACCCCAACUCUUCCCCUACUGGCCCCCUGAAUGGGUCAGGCCAGUCUCAGCAUCCUCCACCUGGUCAGCUACAACCCCCCAACAGUACAAAUACUCCCAACUCAAAUAACUCAAACCAGCAGCAGCAGCAACAGUCCACUCCACCUAGCUCAGCUCCGGGCUCAACCCCUUACAACCAGCAGAACAACACCCCCGGUGCUGGUGGUCCCUUGUCAAAUCCAGCUUCCAAUUCAGGUCAGAAUAACAUGACCAACAACAACGGCGGCAACACUCCUGGCAGCAACCCCAACCCCCCCUCUAAUUCCACCUCCACCCCUAACACCCAGUCUCCUCUGCCCCCCGGCCCUGCUGCCCCCUCGACCGGGCCUGGCUCCGGCCCUGGGAAACUUGGUGGCCCCGGGAUGGUCUUCCCAUGUGGCCUCUGCAUGGCAGAGGUGCAUGACGAUCAGGACGCCAUUCUGUGCGAGGCCUCUUGCCAACGCUGGUUCCACCGUGACUGCACAGGCCUGACAGAGCCGGCGUACGGGCUGCUGACUCGAGAGAGCGCUGCGGUGUGGGCCUGUGACUUCUGCAUCAAGACCAAGGACAUCCAGGCUGUGUUUGUGCGCCAGGGAUUAGGCCAGCUGGUGGCAGCUAAUGAGAGUUGA